AUGGGUGUGGCUACGAUCUGGGGCAAUGACCUAGGAAACAAGCCUUCCUCGAGGCUUCCCGAAGCAUCGCCGAUUCCUGAGGUUACGCUGUGGGAGAAGUGUAUCGGCAGCAUUUGCAAGAAACGGCGUCUGCCGAGAUAUCAAGGGGCUCACACAAAGAAGCCUUUCCAUAGACAACUUUGUCUCGAUAUUUGCACGUGGGGAGACACGACGCGGCACGAGCAAGACGAUAGCCCGCCAGUAGGGAACGGAGACUACCCGAGCCCUCUGCACACGAUGGAAACGGCUCGGGCACUGUUCAGGGGCGAGAUUGGCAAAGCGGUGCAGAUCCUGAAAAAGGCGAGCGCGAACCACCCAGAGCUUCUCUUCGUUUCACUUGCCCUUCAGCUCAUCGACAAGGGUGACAAGCGGCUCGCGAAAGAGCAGCUGGAUUUUGACGUGGCGUUGGCAUCAAAGACAGACCCCUAUCUCAGAGCUAUUUCGUCACUCAUUGCGACGGGAGACUGGUCGGCGGUGGCGAACCAGAAGUCGCUGCCCCUCUCUGACCGAGCCUACGUGGCAUUCCGAACCUUUGACGACACGCAGCUUACCAAGUGGCUCGGCGAGCAGGUAUCGAUCGCGACGGAGACGGGCGAUAUUGAAGGAAUUGUCUUAUUCGGCAUCACGGACCGUAUGGUUGACGUGUUUGCCAAGUACGUCGGCAAGUUCAACGAUUUCCAGACGGCGACGCUCGUCAUGUCGAUCUGCGCGCCGCGCUACAUCGACGAUUACCGGUGCACGGCCUGGCGCAACGCCUACAGGGCGUAUCUUCAGCGUCACAAGGCGUUCUUCCUGCGCACCAAAUUUGAGGUGGAGAGCACGAAAAAGAGCAAGCGCGACGGCAGACCGACGAUCAAGCCGCCAUCGCGGCAGAUUGCCCUCCGUUGCGUGUUCUGUGAUGCCGAAACAACAGUGCCUUCACACAAUGGUUCGGCACCGCCGGCUGGGGCGCCAGAUACACGGAAUCCGCUGAUGGUCACGAGCAUCAGCGCCGGCGUGAGCUGUCCGAAUUGCGGUCGCCACCUGCCGCGCUGCGUCGUGUGUCUCGAGGUCGUGGGCAUCCCCAGGUCGGAUCGACCCGAGGCGGCUGCUGACAUGGACACCCGCAUGGCAGCCAAGUUUCCCACAUUCUGCCUCAAGUGCGAGCAUGUCUUGCAUCUCGAUCAUGCGCGGCACUGGUUUGCGCGGCAUGUCGAGUGUCCUGUGCCAGAAUGUCGGUGCAAAUUAUCCCACGGCCUGUCGAGUCUGGACGCCACGGUCAUCGUAUCCAGGCAGCGGUCAGCGGGGACAAUGGCUCUCUCCGGCCGUGCUCCAACGAGAUGGAUCGAGACGAUCAAGCACACGCACAGCCUUGCCGAUCUGCAGCGGGCCAUCAGGUACAAUGGGGUCUCGAGCCCUUGCCUUGCUGGUUAUCGCUCGGUUUUCUUGCUGUUCCAAACUGUGAACAAGGAAAGCUGGGUCCAGACGCUGUCUGAAACCCGAGAGUACUACAACGAGCAGCGUGACCAUUUCCUCAAGUUCAUCAAGCAUCCAGAAGAAUUGGCCAACGUAGCGUCCCCAUGGAACACACUACGCCAAGAUGAGACCAUCCGGGCAGAGAUUGCCCAGGACGUCCAGCGUCUGCCCGAAGAACCAUUCUACCACGAAGAGCUGACGCAGACCAUGAUUGUGGAUGUUCUGUUCAUGUAUUGCAAGCUGCAUCCCAACAAUGGCGGCUACCGGCAGGGCAUGCACGAGCUGCUAGCACCCAUCGUGCUCGUUCUGCACCAAGACGCCCAGAACGUUCAGACCACGACAGACGAGGCAUCGGCGGACGCUACCAUGUGGAACGUCGUGAGCCCCGCGUCUAUAGAGCACGACGCCUUUGCACUGUUCGACAAGAUCAUGAGGCGUGCACAGGCAUUUUACGAAGUCAAGGACUCGAUCACGAGGGCGGCGCUGACAUCGGCAUCUCGUGAUCAGAGCGAAACGUCGGCGAUUGUAGAGAAGAGUCGACAUAUCCACGAAGUGUGUCUUGCCAAGGUCGACCCUGAGCUUUCGAAGCAUCUCAAAGACGUGGAAGUCUUGCCGCAGAUUUUUCUCAUGCCCUUAGUGCUCAACGCAGAUUACUCUGUCUGUCUGAUGCUUCUCCUGAAGUAUCCAGCUCCGGACAAACACCACCCCCCGCACACAUUUGUGGAUGAUGCCAUCUACUUGAGAGACCAUCUCGACACCUCGGGGGGAGCAACGCUGGUCAUGAAAUACACUGGCAAAUUUCCGUCGCCAUCGUCGUCGUCGUCGUCGUCAGGCGCGCGGCCUCGAACACCCACACAGAAGCCACUGCCCUCGUCUCCGCACAUUCGCGCCAGCCGCUCGCCGCUGGCUUCGCCCGGGCGCUUCAUCCAACAACAGGGUGGCGUCGAGGCCAUCUUUCAGGGCGCAGCGAAGAACGUGCUCGAACGUGGCGAGAGGCUCGGCAUUAACCAGGCCGUGCGGGACGCCAUGGGGGAGAUCAAACGAAAUGUGCAAGGCUUUAACGAGGCUCGUCAGCUGCCGAGGACGGCGAGACAGACUCUUGUCGAUGAUUCGGCGACGAGGGCCAUGUCUGCCAUGAGGGAGCGGAACCGUCUCUUGGCGAAUAUGUUGGAAGAGUCGAUCGCUAGCCUCAAGGUGGCGACAUCGCAGAUGGCGGAUGAUGAGAAGACGCGCGAGCUCGUGGAGACGGCAGCAGCCAAGGUGCAAUUUGUCAAAGUCCACUUGGAGGACUCGACGAUUGACAUGCCAUGGACAUCUCAAAAGAGACUCUUCUUGAGCCGGCUCGAGAGGCUGAUGCGCAGCCCUCGGUGGCAAAAAAAGACGAACGGGUCACUCGGGGUCAAGCACCCCUCCACGUCCGGGCGCCGAUUCCUACACGUUCUACGCUGGCGCAGUCAUCCUUUUCCUGGAUGUUGGAACCCGACGAAACGGUGCACUCGUCUUCAGAGUCCCUUCCCGCACAGACUUUCCUCGGCGGCUCAGGCGCGAAAGCAGUCUGGAACACGCGGCAAACGCAUUUCCAACAGCGUCAGCCGGGACCGAAACGCCUUCCUCUUCGGCGAAGUGACGACGGAGUCGGAUGGCGCGAGCCAGCCAUCGACGGACGACAUAUUUGGCAUGGAACCCAUGACGGCGAAACAUAAGGGAAAGGGGCCCGAGACCGGUCCGGGUCCGCUGUAG